AUGGCGCUAAGAGCCCGACAGGAGCAACAGCUCCAUUUGGCCAUUGCCCUCUAUUUGGAGUCCAAGUUCCCGGAGGCGCACAGAGCAUUUGAAAGAGAGGCCCAUAUCGAUUUUUCAGCCGCAACGUCCACCACGCGGGGGGAGGAAAAGUUCGAUAGCGAGACGCUGCCCAAGCGGUGGGCAGCGACAGCUCGUCUCCAGGCGAGAGUGACGGUGCUGCAGCACCAGCUGAAGCAGCAAGAGCAGCAGCUGAACCUCUUCACAUCAGCAGCGUCUGGUCCUGGAAGCAAGGAGGUGGCUGGCCUCCCAAGCGUCAAACCAGCCUGUGUUAUAUCUGCCCAAAGACAGCCGCUGAUAUGCUGCGCCUUUCACCCCCUUUUGCCGCAGCUUUUGGCUGGAGCAGACGACGGCAAUAUUCGAGUAAUCUCCUUAGAGGGAAGCAGCAGCACUGCUGCCAUAUCGCGCACCUUCAGGGCCCACAAUGCCUCCGUCACCGGGUUGGCAUUCGACUCCUCGGGUCGCUGGUUAGUCACCUGUUCCACCGAUAUGACACUUCGUCUAUUUGACGUGCAGACCUCGUACACCCUCAAGGAGACACUGAGAGGCCAUAACGAUUCGGUCUCGGCCGUUGCCUUUCUCACCCUCAGUCAAAGCGACAAAGCUCCUCCGGGCUCGCGCCCCCUGCAGAUUCGCAAUGGAGGCAUUUCAGUUAAAGAGCCAGAAGGAACUGCUGCUGCUGCACCUGGUGGCGGUAGUGCAUGCAUUGUUUCUUGUUCUCGUGACGGCAGCGUGAAGCUGUGGGACGGGGAUUCGGGUCUGUGUCUGAAGACGUUUACAGCAACAGAUGCCUCAGGAGGCUGGGGAGCAGCAGCCGCAGCAGCAGCAGGAGGCUCAUGGGUCCGCUGCUUGUGCGUACCGGAGGCGAAGCUCUUGCCAGCGCCUUUCUUUGCGUCUGGCGGAAACGACCAAAGGCAAGUCCGCACGCUGCAUAUUCUUUGGCUUUCACCCUCUCGUUGUGUUCUGUUGGAUUUUAGGGUUGUGAUUUGGCGGCCGGAUUUCUGUGCUGCGGUCCGCGAGUUGAUUGGCCACGAGCACGUGGUUGAAUCUGUCACUUUCGCCACGGAGGCAAUGCUGCUUCAUCUGCACAAACACAGGAAGGCGCCUCCUCCUUUGCCUGCUUCCAUGUUGGAUACGAAAGCCCUUGCAGAGGCAGAACGUGGAGAGAACAACACCCAUGCGCUGCGCUUAGCUGGUCUUGUUUUGAUUUCUGCCAGCCGAGACAAAACAAUUAAAAUUUGGGAUGUGAUUGGAGGCAACUGCAUGCAGACUCUCGUAGGCCACGACAAUUGGGUGCGUCAUGUUGUUGUACAUCCCACUGGGAAGCACAUCAUCUCGUGUAGCGACGACCGAAGCAUCCGCGUCUGGAACGUCUUAACAGGGGAUUGCGAGAGGACGAUUGAAAAUGCCCAUUCGCAGUUCGUGACGUGUUUGGCUUAUGACUUAAAAACCGAUGUCUUGGCAAGCGUUUCGUUGGAUGCAACGGCUAAGCUGUGGCCUUGCCGCGACUCCUGUGUGAAGGAGGCUGCAAAGGAAGAGGCAACUCCCGCUUUGUCUGAGUUGAAGGCCUUUAGUUAG